UCCCUGACCGUGUUUCCGGUAGACAAUGUGAUGAAACGUUUACAUCAAAUGUCGCAAAUCGGCCGAACUUAUCUGAGCUAAGUAACUUGUUUUUUCACUAGUCAGGUGGUUCACUGAUCUCUUGCCAGAAUGCUUCUUUUUUGUCCCACCUGUGGGAAUGUUUUAAUCGUCGAGGAGGGGCAGAAGUGCAUGAGAUUCGCCUGUAACACUUGUCCAUAUGUACACAACAUCACGAGGAAGGUGAACAACAGAAAAUAUCCUAAAUUAAAGGAGGUGGAUGAUGUUCUGGGAGGAGCUGCAGCGUGGGAAAACGUAGACUCAACUCCUGAAACCUGUCCCAAGUGCGAGCACCCUCGGGCCUAUUUCAUGCAGAUCCAGACCCGGUCGGCAGACGAGCCCAUGACCACGUUCUACAAAUGCUGCAACGCCCAGUGUGGACAUCGAUGGAGGGACUGACCCUUCUGUUUGCACUUUAAAAGAACUGAUCGUUUCCUGUUCCUGCUUCUGUGUGAAAGAAAAAGAAAAACAGCUGGAAAAUGCUGCAACACUCUUCAGAUGACAAUAAAAUGAGUUUCCUUUAUGAUUUUUAUUGAUAAAAUAGUCCCUGUAUACAACAAACAAAUUUAGACUUACAGUUAUACAUAUCACAGACAGUUAAGAGUGAUGCAGACCAGCAGUAUCCACAAGAAUUGCAUACAUUACUUCAUAUUACAUUUUCAAUGCAACCCUUCAAUGCCAAAAUGUUUUAUUUCUUGUACGUUUCUGAAAGCCUCCAGGAGAAGAAAAAAAAAAAUCAACUGCACAUAAAGUAGCCGGUGAUGUUGGCUCGCCUCAUUUCGAUGUGUGGCUCAUGCAGAUGAUCUCUGCAGCUGGUGAGCUAAAGUGUUCGAUGGCACGAGCAUGCUGUGCUGGAAUGACGUCUCUUUCGCUAUUAGUAUCGAGUUUGGGAGGAUCACUAUGUCAUUUUCAUGAGAAGUGUUUAGUUGAAGCUUAUUCCUAGCAGAGCUCGCUAUCUAGUAUCAGUCAAAAGACAUGUUUGUCUAACAUGCAUCCCAGUAAUGCAAUUCAUCUUAAAGGGCUAUAAUGCCACGUUAGAGGCUGGACAUAAUGGAAUGAAGGUGCCGACGCUGUGGCAGUCAUACUUUUUUUUUUUUAACUUUUAACAGGGAAAAAAAAAACCAUGUUGGUGCAUCAGACUCAACACGAGGCCAGCAUGACGGCAAGAUUUUACAAAGAGGUCAUGCAGUUUUCUUUAACAGUGAAGGUUUAGUCACGUCUGCCACCUACUGUAGUCAGGAGUUUGAGUGAAAGCCCAACUCUACACUGCCUCCACUCAUGAGAUCAGGAAUAUUUCUCCUCGGACGAAUUAAAAAUUGAACUGCAUAAGAAGGUCAGAAUGUGGAUCUCAAAUUAAAGUGCAAAUGUUAUCAACUUUAAGAAGUUUGUGGACAGAGGGCGCUAAAUGUGUAACAGCAAGAGUCACUCAGUGACUGCUGACCGGCCCAGAGGACUCAGGAUUCAUCUAACAAGUAAAGUUGAGCAAAUACAGGAUUUUACCCAGAUGAUGAAACUGAUUAGAUUUCUCUCACAUUCAAGAAUUGAUGAUAAAAAGUCAUGAUCAAGUGAGUUAAAAACAAUUUAUCAAAAAAAGAGAAAUAUGUUCACAGUUCUUAAUAGAAACCUGUUAAAAGUUAUGGAUAAAACUUCUGAAGAUAAAUUAAAGAAAAAAGUUACUUAAUAGGAAUGCUAACCCAGAAUGAUUUGAGUAGAUCUUCUGGAUG